AUGCUAAUUCCUUUGCUUUUUUCGUCCAUUGCAGUGAUUCCCAAUAUUCCAGUCGAUGCACGCUGGACAAAGAAAGCGGUGACUGUUGCUGGAGGCAAUGGAUGGGGCAUUGAAAUCAAUCAACUCAGCAACCCGUUCGGUCUCUUUCUUGAUGAUGAUCAGACGAUGAUCAUCGCUGACUGGUGGAAUCAUCGUAUCAUCCAAUGGAAGAUGGGUGAGACUAAUGGACAAGUAGUAGCUGGUGGUCAUGGUAAAGGAAAUCGAUUGGAUCAAUUGAAUUAUCCAACUGACAUGUUAAUCGACAAAGCGACGGAUAGCUUUAUUGUCUGCGAUCGAGAGAAUCGACGAAUCAUGCAAUGGUCUCGUCAUAAUGGCACUACAAAAGGAGAAAUUCUCGUGGACAAUAUUCGUUGUUGGGGACUGGCCAUGGAUGAUCAGAGAUAUCUUUACAUCUCUGACGAUGAAAAACAUGAAGUGAGACGAUAUCAAAUGGAAAGCAAGAGUGAAACUAUUGUGGCUGGUGGCCAUGGCUCAGGUGCUGACCUGAAUCAACUCCAUUAUCCAACGUACAUCUUUGUUGACCGACAACAGACUGUCUACGUGUCGGAUGGCAAUCAUCGUGUGAUGAAAUGGAAUAAAAGUGCAACAGAAGGAAUUAUUGUUGCGGGGGGCCAAGGCGCCGGGUCGGCUCUGACACAAUUACGCAAUCCGCAAGGGCUGUUCGUUGAUACGUUGGGUACCGUCUAUGUAGCAGAGUACGGUAAUCUUCGAAUAACGCGUUGGCCCCAAGGAGCAACACAAGGUACUGUCAUUGUAGCUGCAAAUUUGGAAAUGUUAGUAGCAGAUGAGUUACACAAUCCUAUGGGUUUAUCAUUCGAUAGUCAUGGCCAUCUCUAUGUCGUCGAUCGGCAUAAUCAUCAAAUACAACGAUUUUCUCUCGAAUAA